AGAACUAGGACUCUCCAUUUAAUACGGGUCGUUCGGGUUCCCAUCAGCCGUCUGCAUUUUUGUCACUGGUGUUAUCACUGAGGGUUGUGUCCACUCCGAGCUCUGACCCACUAUACAGGCUCGUAAUACCCAACAUUUUUGAAAAAGCACAAGACACCAGAUACCAGCAAUGGCCGACGCAAGUCUGAAACUCGUGUACUUUAACGGCAAAGGCCGCGCAGAGAUGAUCCGUCUGGUGCUGGCAGCCGCGGGAAAAGAGUACGAGGACGUGCGUGUGACGUCAGAACAGUGGAAGGACAAGAAACCAAGUGUGCCAUUUGGAUCACUCCCAUGCUUGGAGGUGAACGGGAAAAUGUACGGCCAAUCCAUGGCUAUCGCAACUUUCCUGGCAAAGGAAUUUGGUCUUUACGGUAAUGGCAACACAGACGGUCUCGUCAUUGAUGGUGUCUUGCAGCUCAUUCAGGACAUCAUCACUCUCGCUGUCAAGUUCAUGUUUGAAAAGGAUGAGAAGAAGAAGCUGAGCUUAGCAGACAUCGCUGUGUACGAUGUGUUCACCGGCAUGAUGGCGCCUUGCCUGGGAUCUAUGGACAGCUUCCCGCUCCUCAAGGCUCUCAUCGACAAAGUCGGCGCUGACGAGAAGAUCAAGGCUUACGUGUCGUCCAGACCAGAAACAUCUUUCUAAUUUGUUAUAUUAAAUUGUAGAGUUGAAUCCGAAGUUGGCACCAGUAUGACCACCAUGCAAAGAUCUAAAUAACUUUAUAUUGUUUAAAAGAGGUGAUACGUCCAAACCAUGCUAUAUUGAUAGACAGCGAGUAGCUUUCAGACAUGAGCAAAAUGGAGACGACUUCUGUCGGAAUUGCUUUGAUAUCUUCUAUUGUCUCGAAUGGAAGUGGACAUUGCAAGUCUUGGACGAUUCACAAAUUACACCUAAGCGUAACAAUAUAGCCUACAUCAUAACACUGAAUCAUUACAAAAUAUUUAAAAAUAUUAUAUAUAUAUUAUGCAUGAGGGCCGAGAGAGUGGGAGUAUGCAUGAGUAUGUAUGUUUUGUUGAAUUUCAGAAAAGUAAGUCGUUCCAUUUCUGCAUCUUUUUCUGUAACCCUAGAAGAAGUUUCCAGAAAGUCGUUUUCUCCAAUUAAGACCCUCGUUACAUUUAAACAUGGGGCAUGUGCUACAAACGCUAAGAAUCAUAUUCACUAAGAACAACUUUGCCUUUGUGAGAGUCCAUCACUCAUUGUUCAUUGGUUUUGAUGUACAUCUUAAGUGAAAAUGUCCAACAAAGUAUUUAACCGUAAGUAAUUCGUCUCAGUAUUCUUAUAAUAGCAAUGGUUCUGUUCUGAACGGCAAGCAAAUGUAGUAAUAUAAUAAACAUUUUAACAUCAA